CGCCAACAGCAGCGCCAUCUAUGAGGAUGAUGAUGAACUUGCCGCUGGCAAUCUGUUUGCCAUCACCGAGGCGAGCAUAUCGAUAGCCGGAAGUGGCAGUGGUAGUAGUAAUAGUGGUAGUGUUACUGCUUCCGGUGGUGCUGGUGCUGGUAGUGGCGGCACUGAGAUGCCUGCCUGGCUCAUACCCAGCUACAGUGUGAUCCUGUUGUGCGCCAUUGUUGGCAAUCUGUUGGUCAUCUCAACGCUAAUGCAGAAUCGUCGCAUGCGCACAAUUACCAAUCUAUUUCUGCUCAAUCUGGCCAUCUCGGAUAUGCUGCUGGGUGUCCUCUGCAUGCCGGUCACCCUCGUCGGCACACUCUUGCGCAAUUUCAUCUUUGGCGAGUUCCUCUGCAAGCUGAUACAGUUCUCGCAGGCGGCUUCUGUUGCCGUCUCCUCCUGGACACUUGUGGCCAUCAGUUGUGAGCGAUACUACGCCAUCUGUCAUCCACUGCGGUCGAGGUCCUGGCAGACAAUUAAUCAUGCCUACAAGAUAAUCGGCUUCAUUUGGAUCGGUGGCAUCUUGUGCAUGACCCCAAUUGCGGUAUUCAGUCAAUUGAUACCAACGAGCCGGCCAGGGUAUUGCAAGUGCCGUGAACAGUGGCCCGAUCAGGGCUACGAGCGCUUCUAUAAUCUUAUGCUGGAUCUCAUACUACUGGUCCUGCCACUGCUGGUGCUGUGUGUGGCCUAUAUACUCAUCACACGCACCCUGUAUGUGGGCAUGGAUGCGGGCAAGGAACCAAGGAUGCCCCAUAGCAGUGGCAGCGCGCAAGCAAUGGCAACAUCUGCGAUAACCGCCACACCCGGCAGCAGCAGUUGUGUCCUGGUGCUGAACGCCAUUAGCGAGUACAGUGAGAGUAGCAACAACAACAAUGGCGGAACGACUGGCGCGACAACAACAGUAACAACGAACACAACAACAACCACAGCGACAACAACCACAACGACGGCAACAUUGACAACGACACCGACAACGGUGACAUUGGCCAAGUCUGCGAGCUCAUCGCCAAGUUUGCGUAUACACGACGCAACGCUGCGCAGAUCUAACGAAGCUAAGACGCUGGAAAGCAAGAAACGGGUGGUAAAGAUGCUGUUUGUGCUUGUCCUAGAGUUCUUCAUCUGCUGGACGCCACUGUAUGUGAUCAACACAUUGAGCAUGUUCAUUGGACACGCACUGUAUGAGUACAUUGACUACACAUCGAUCAGUUUUCUGCAGCUGCUGGCCUACUCCUCGAGCUGUUGUAAUCCAAUCACCUAUUGUUUCAUGAACGCCAGCUUCCGGCGUGCAUUUUUGGACACGUUCAAGGGUCUGCCGUGGAAUCGUAGCGCCAAUGCUGGCGGCGCGCUCUCGGCCAGCCAGGCGGCGAUGUCCAAUGCACCCGGCCUGGCAAUUGGUAUGGACACCUGGCGGACACGCUCUCGUCACGACCAGCUCUUCAACUCCGUGGUAUAUUCAAACAGUGCUGCCGCCGCAGACAGUCCGCAACUGUAAUGCGAGAUACUGAUGAACUCGUUGUAUGUAGUUGUGCUUGUAAAUAUGUAAAAAUU